AUGUCAAGUCGUCGACACUUGAACUUCUUCAUCGUCGCAUGUCUCUUCACACUCUUCGUCAUCUUCCUACGCGUCGAUUUGGGGAGCAACAACGUCGCAAAGCAGGUCAAGGGGGACGUCGAGACAUGGGUCGAAGGCCUGCGUGAUCCAGAAAAGCCGAAAGAGAAACCCAAACCAACCCCGAAAUAUAAACCGACACCGACCUAUACUCCGUCCCCUGUUCGAGACCCAUUUCCCCUCCUGGCAACUUCGACGCCGCCUCCUGUCCCACGAUGGAACCAAGCCCGAGCGAACCUCCACAAGGAUUAUGACCUGCCAGUACCACCUCCCCUGCUUAUCGGCUUCACGCGCACCUGGCCCAUCCUCCUGCAAGCAGUCGUCUCGUAUAUCACGGCAGGAUGGCCACCCGACCAGAUCUACGUUGUUGAGAACACCGGCGUUCAAAUGGCCAACUUUCGUGACCAGCUGUCCCUCCAAAACCCCUUCUACCUGAAUCACACCCAGCUGAAGAAGCUGGGCGUCAACGUCGUCCAGACCCCUGUCCUUCUCAACUUCGCACAGCUCCAGAACUUCUACCUGUCUAUGGCCAAUACCCACAGCUGGCCCUACUACUUCUGGUCUCAUCAGGAUGUGCUCACUCUGUCGUUCGAAGAAGGGUUUGAAGGGGUCACCCCACCCUAUGACAAACCCGGCUACAAGACCGUGUACGAGCUGGGCUGCCAAUGGCUCGAUGAGGCGCGCAAGAAUGAUAGUAGGUGGGCCGUACGAUUCUUCGCAUACGAUCACCUGGCCCUGGUGAAUCCAAAGGCGUACGAGGAAGUCGGGGGGUGGGAUACGCUCAUUCCUUACUAUCUGACCGACUGCGAUAUGCACAGCCGGUUGCUCAUGUCGAAUCUGAGCAUGAUCGAUAGACAUGCAGGAACCGUCACCGAUACCAGCACCGCACUGAACGAUCUCAUCGCUCUUUAUCGCGACCCAAACGUUGUCCCCGAUUUCACGGACCCCAACCCACCUGCACCGGCCCCAGAGCCAGACACCAUAUCAAAACGCACGCCAACUCCCAAAAGCACCGAACCCGAAGAUCCGAAUCUGGCAUACUACCACUCUCUCCGCCACGUGUCUGACCGCAUGUUCCACUACAAACACGGCGACCGAGGUCGAAACACCUGGCAGCAGGGACAGCACGGCGGGGUGGGGGAGCCGUUCUACUACCCGGCGGCCGGCUUCGCGGAGGCGAUCGACGUCCUGACCGAGGCGGGGCGGGAGGUGUUCCGCCGAAAGUGGGGGCACCGGGACUGCGACCUGAUUUCGGGCGCGGGCCUUCGGCCGGGCGACGCAUGGCUCGUCGAGAAAGAUUGGUCGGACUAG